AUGGAGGCAGGCUUUCGAACAAAAGUUGUGCCAUGGAGACGAGGGGCAAGCGGGAAGCUAACGGAAUAUUUAUUUUCUGCUCGAUCGCACGAGAACCAUGUUCUCUUAGUUACGGACAGUAAUGGUCGAAAUUUAGUGAAUCCACAGGUUGUCAGAGUGCCAAAAAAAUGCAAAUUCGACCUAUCCGUGGUGGCCAUUCCCGGUGGUCGGAUUUCGCAUGGGCAAAAAGAACUCUUAGAUGGUCGUCACUUUGAAAAGCUUGAUUUUUUAAUUUGUGCCUUGGGCAGCAACAAUUUUUCGAACAAUUGCCAAGAACACACCAUCGACAUUUUGGAAGAAUUGGAAUCCUUUACAGCCGCUGUGCAAAUUAUUUAUCCUCGUGUGAAGAUUGUUUUUGCCAAAAUAUUGGCGCAGACUGGCAGGCAUUCUAACUGCGUGGGAAUUGUGAAUGCAGAAAUUCAAAAAUAUGCAGAAAAGAACAAACCCCCGUUCUCGAUUUUCAGAAUUUAA